GCCCAGCCAGCCUCCAUAUAACGGCACAGCACGUCACGCCUCAGCCCAGACCUGCAGCCGCCCCUCCGCCGGGAGCCCAGCGCCAGUUUUCACCAAGAACGUUGGUAGCGACGGGUUGCCUACCAGUGAAAGCCAGUGAAAAUUGGAAAGAAGAAAAGAGCAAGAUAGAGAUUGGCUUGGUCCCUCUUCGAGGCGCUCUCUGAAGGUUCCUGAAGGAAGAAUUCCACCUCUACGGGGAAAAUCCGCAAGACGCUACGGAAAGGUCUGAGUCAAAAAAGGAAGCGAGAAUGAUCCGAUUUUCCCAGGAGCUCUCGGAGGGCGAGAAAAACGCUACCAGGAACCGGAAAGGAAAAGUCCUGAAAUGUCUCCAGGACCUUGGCAUCUCCUGUGAUGAGGCUCACACCCCCAAUAUCACCGUCCUAGGAUCGGGCGGGGGUCUGCGGGCCAUGAUAGCCCUCCUGGGCACCUUGGUGGAGAUGCAGAAACAGGGUCUGCUGGACGCCGUCAUGUAUCUGUGUGGGGUGUCGGGCUCCACCUGGUGCAUGUCCGCCCUCUACAAAGACCAGAACUGGACGAAGAACGUGGAGAAGCUGGAAGAAAACCUCUGUGACUCACUCUACAGUGAUGCAUGGAGGCGCCAAGAGGCGUACUCGCUAGUGAACCAGGCAGCUGAUGACGAACACUUCUCUCUGACCGACAUCUGGGCCUCCUUCGUUGUCUACAAGACCUUGCAGCAGAAGGAUCAGACCAAGUUAUCGGAGCACAAGGAGUCUUCCACGAGUGGUACAAAUCCUUACCCCAUCUACGCAGCAGUGGAAGCAAACCUGCAUAAAUCACGGGAACACGGCCUAGAGACCUGGUUUGAAUUCACUCCCCACGAGUCUGGCUUUCCUGGCCUGGGGGCAUUUGUGAGCACCAAGUACUUGGGAAGCAAAUUUGAGGAUGGGAAUUUGCAAAAGGAGGUAGAAGAGAAAAAUAUCUGCUACCUGCAAGGUUUAUGGGGAAGCGCCCUUGGAAGCAGGGAGGAAAACAGAAAGUUUGUCUCAGAAUUGGUUCGGGACAAAUUUGUUGGAGGAUGGAAAAAAGAAAUGCAGAGUGCAACAUACGAACCAGGAACUCCCGAAACGAGAAGCUAUGAUGAGUCUGUGUCUGACAGAUCAUAUGACGAAGUUCCGAAUUUGCGUGAAGGAAGCUCCAUUUGCACCUGUCACCGUUGUCUGGCUCUUCUCGACCUUCUGGAGCGUCAGGCUCAAGCCUCAACUGAGGAAGAGUCCGAAGAAGUCCUCAGGCAGAUGAUGGAAAUCAUGAAAGACGAGAAUAUGGAGGAGCCCUUCCAGCACUGCUUGGAAAGCAGAGAGUCUUGGGACGAGAAUACCUUGGAAGAAAAUAUGGAAGACUGGCCUCAAAUGGAGAAUCGAUCAUUCACACUGCCAAAGUUUGUAUCACACCCCUGUAAAUUGAUAUGGAAAAUCGGCAGGUGCAUCAGCUCCUGGACGUGGGGGAAAACCAAUAACUUUCUGUACAAUUGCCGUGAUGCCAUCGCCCAAACCACUGACUUGGUGAAGGAGAAGGUCCUCAACUUGAUCGACGCCGGCCUGGCUAUUAACUCCGCCUACCCCCUGGUGCUGCGCCCUGCGAGGGGGGUGAAACUGAUCCUCUCCUUCGACUUCAGCGCCGGGGACCCCUUCGAGACCCUCAAGAAAACUGCCAAGUACUGUGAGACAAAUCAGAUCCCAUUUCCCAAGAUAAAUCCAGAAGAGAUCAAAAGCCAAAAUAACCCCUCCGACUGCUACAUCUUCAAGGGAAAGGAUGUUCCUACAGUCAUGCACUUCCCGCUCUUCAACAACAAGAAUUGCAGUGGUGAAAUACACGACUUCCGAACGAGGUUUUCCACCUUCACAUUGUCCUACGGAAAGGAAGACGUCAAGGAACUCCUCACAAGGGCGAAGAUGAAUGUCACCAACAACAAAGGAAGGAUUCUGGAGGAGAUCCGGCAGCUCACCUCCUCCUCCUCCAAGGCGUUUUAAUCCCGUGUCUCUGUUUGGCGCACACUCCAGAAAGGCUGAAAAUUUGUGCCCAGCCCUGGAUGACACAUUUCCUCUGGGGCUGUUCCUUGGGUGGGUUGAAUUUUCUUUUGAGCUGGUUGAAUUUUCUCAUGUGCAACACCAAUAUUAAGGCACCCUCAGAACAAAAAAAAAAAACCGGGCAAUAAAUCUAUAUUUUAAAC